CAACCAAACCGUAUUCACCUUCUCUGACACAGAGAACAAAUUCACGACUCUGGGUUGUGACGUCUUCUCUAACAUCACCGGUUACAAUGGCCUGGAUUUCCAGGCUGGGUGUAGCAUGUUUUGCGUCAACAAGUCUAAUGUGAUCAAUGGUUCCUGCACGGGCAUAGGCUGUUGCCAGACCUCAAUUCCCAAGGGCUUCAGAAGCUUCAACAUAUCUCUUCUCUUACCAGCUAUGAGAAUCACAGGAAGGUUUUUGAUUUCAAUACCUGCGGCUACGCCUUCGUCGUUCAAACUAACUGGUUCAACUUCUCAAACUCAUUUCUCUCCGACUUCACCAGUAAAUAUAAAAUAGAUGAUGAAGAAUCUGUCCCUACCGUGUUGGACUGGACAGUAGAACUAAAGUCUUGUGAAGAAGCUGUGAAAAACCAGACUAGUUACGCAUGCGUCGUCAACAAAAACAAAAGCGAAUGUGUCACCUCGAAGAACGGUAUUGGCUACAGCUGCAUUUGUUCCAAAGGUUAUCAAGGGAACCCUUACCUUGAACACGGAUGCCAAGACGUGGAUGAAUGUAAAAGCCCUACUCAUAACUACAGUGAAAAUGCUAAAUGCAAGAAUAGAGUUGGGGGUUACAGCUGCCAUUGUUCACUUGGCUAUCGUGGAGAUGGUUGGAAAAGUGGAACUUCUUUGUACGGUGCACUGAGAACAGGAAGUGGGUGUAAGGAUAAUGUCAUUCCCAUUAUUGCAGGUGUUAGUGUAUGCACCAUAGCUUUACCUAUCUUCAUUUUGCUUAUGUAUUGGGCAAUUAAGAAAAGACGGCUCAUUAGAGAAAAAUUCUUCCAACAAAAUGGAGGUAUGUUAUUGCAGCAAAAAAUAGCUUCGUAUAAAGGGGUCCAAGAUAUUGCAAAGAUUUUCACCAUAAAAGAGUUAAAGACGGCAACCAAUAACUUCCAUGAGAGUCACAUACUCGGCCAAGGAGGCUUUGGUACAGUUUAUAGGGGAAUCUUAACCUCUGGGAAAGUUGUUGCCAUUAAGAGAUCCAAAAUUAUGGACAAAGGCCAGGUUAUACAGUUUAUAAAUGAGGUUGAUAUCCUUUCUCAGAUCAAUCAUAGGCACGUGGUGAAGCUCUUGGGUUGUUGCCUAGAGACAGAGGUUCCUUUGUUAGUUUAUGAAUUCGUCUCCAAUGGAGCCCUCUACCAACAUAUCCAUAGAGAGAAUAAAGCAGCUCCUCUUUCAUGGGAAAAUCAUUUAAGAAUUGCUGCAGAAACGGCGGAUGCACUGGCAUAUUUGCACUCUUCUCAUUCAGUUCCUAUUUUUCAUAGGGAUGUCAAGUCUUCUAAUAUACUACUGGAUGAUAAAUACAAUGCUAAAGUAUCUGAUUUUGGAGCUUCAAGAUUGGUUCCUCUGGAUCAAACUCUAAAGACAACAAUAAUUCAAGGGACUCAUGGGUACUUAGACCCGGGAUGUCUUCCUACAGGCCAACUAACUGCUAAAAGCGAUGUUUAUAGUUUUGGGGUUGUUCUAGCAGAGCUUUUGACUGGGAAAGAGCCGAUUUUUAUGGAUGGAUCUGGAGAAUGGAUACUCCUUGCAACGUACUUUGUAUCUUCACAGAAAGAUGGGAAUCUUUUUGGUAUUCUUGAUGAUGGAAUAGUAGACGACGACAGGAAUAGACAACAAUUAUUGGUAGUUGCUGAGAUUGCAAGAAACUGCCUAGAGGAGAGAAGGGAAGAUAGGCCUACAAUGAAGGAAGUUGCAAAGGAUCUUGAUUCUUUGAAAAUGAUGUAUGAGCAAUCAUCAUCACAACAUAUUCAGGAGGAGACUGAUUUUUCUCUUAGUGGACCAUCAACGAGCACUAUGGAUCCAACUCUUGAAAUAAGGUAAUAGUAAUAGUUUUAUUGAUGAUGAUCUUUGCGAAAAUGGUAGGUGAGAAGAAAAACAUGGUAGUGAGUUAAGCACUUCAAGGCUUAUUCUACACUUGGAUGCAGAAGGAGUUGUGAAACCUUUUUUCUUGUAAAUGUUCUUAUUCUGUGGAGUGUGAGUUCAAGAAUGUUGGCUUAGAUUUUCUAUACUUGUUAGUUUAUUUUGAAUGAUUGAAUCUAUCUUUUUUUUAUGGUGUGAUAGUCAACAUGCAAGAAUUAAUCACAAUUUGGAAGCUUUGGCUUUUA